UAAGGCUCAGCUCUAGCACCAGUACAGCAGCAGGCUCUACACAUCAGUGUGCUCGGCGGCUCGCUGUGUCUCGGAGCUCCAGGUCACGCGAUCCGACUCCGACACGCAGGUUAAAGCGACUCGGAAGUCUUUGCCGUUCAGAGUCACGGCUGCGCGUGCAAACGCGACUCUCCAUUUCUUUCAUUUGUUUUUUUUUUUCCAGCUGUCUUGCAUGUUGCACUGAAAAUGGCGAUCUGCGCUCAGUCCUCAAGUCUCUUCUGGCUGUUCUCGGUGCAGACAGUGUUGCUUCUGUGUGUGUCCUGGCCCGGAACGGCGACGCUCCGCUUCCCGCAUCAGAACACGGUGAUCCACUGGGCGAACCGUAUAGAGAAGGAACUGGAGAAAGUUCUACCACAGGUCACAGGAACCCAUCAGAUGAAAACAAUUUACAACGAGAAGAGGAGUCAGUUUGAUGUGAAGAAGAACUCGCCCAAGGACCUGGUGGACAGAGUGGCUAAAGACAUCGCCAAGCUGCUCAACAGCAAACGCAAAGCGCUGGAGAAGCUGGCCAGGGAGGCGGAACAGAUCCAGACAUUGCACCCCUGGCGGGACAACAUUACAGCGAGUGCAAUAGAGUACUACGACUCCAAGGCUGAAUCUGAUUACUCUGACGACAGUGCCGAAGAUAACCAGUCGGAUAACCUGAAGUCCAUUUCACUGGAGUUUGUGGACGACCCCAAUUUCAAAAACAAAGUCAACUACUCCUACACUGCUGUACAGAUCCCUACUGACAUCUACAAGGGCUCUCCCACUAUUCUGAACGAGCUGAACUGGACGCAGGCGCUGGAGCGGGUGUUUAUAGAUAACAGCAGAGAGGACCCCUCACUGCGCUGGCAGGUCUUCGGAAGUGCCACCGGUGUUACCAGAUACUACCCAGCUACUCCAUGGAGAGCACCUAACAAGAUUGACCUGUACGAUGUGAGGAGACGGCCUUGGUACAUUCAGGGUGCCUCUUCUCCUAAAGAUAUGGUCAUCAUUGUGGAUGUGAGCGGCAGCGUAAGUGGACUGACUUUGAAGCUGAUGAAGACCUCUGUGAUUGAAAUGCUGGACACACUGUCUGAUGAUGAUUAUGUAAAUGUAGCCCAGUUUAACGAAAAGGCAGACGCUGUUGUCUCGUGCUUUAAGACGCUGGUCCAAGCUAAUGUGAAAAACAAAAAGAUCUUCAAAGACAAGGUGAUGCGCAUGCACGCGAAGGGGACGACGGACUACAAAUCCGGCUUUCAGUUUGCCUUUGAGCAGCUGCUAAAUGAGACCAGUGCUCCAAGGGCAAACUGCAACAAGAUGAUAAUGAUGUUCACAGAUGGAGGAGAGGAUCGAGCUCAAGAGGUCUUUGAGAAGUACAACUGGCCCAAUAAAACGGUUCGAGUUUUCACCUUCUCCGUGGGGCAGCAUAACUACGAUGUCACUCCACUGCAAUGGAUUGCUUGUGCCAACAAAGGAUACUACUAUGAGAUCCCAUCCAUCGGAGCGAUCAGAAUCAACACACAGGAGUAUCUAGAUGUUCUGGGAAGGCCGAUGGUGUUAGCAGGCAACCGGGCUAAGCAAGUUCAGUGGACCAACGUGUACCAGGAUGCUCUGGGCUUGGGUUUGGUCAUUACUGGGACGAUGCCGGUCUUCAAUCUUACUACUGAUGGGGACUCAAAGAAUCAGCUUAUUCUGGGAGUCAUGGGUGUAGAUGUUGCACUUAGUGAAAUUAAGCAGCUCACGCCACGUUAUAAACUUGGAGCCAACGGUUACACCUUUGCCAUAGACCCUAAUGGCUAUGUUCUGCUGCACCCAAACUUACAACCUAAGAUCAUUAAUUUCAGAGAACCAGUUACACUUGACUUCCUGGAUGCAGAGCUGGCAGACGACACCAAGGAGGAGAUCCGUCGACAGAUGAUUGACGGCAAGCCUGGUCAGAAGAAAUUCAAGACAUUAGUUAAGUCUGUUGACAAGCGUUACAUUGACCAGGUCAUGAGGACUUACAUAUGGACACCAGUAGAUGGCACAGACUACAGUUUGGGUUUGGUGCUGCCCACAUACAGCGAGAACCACAUCAGGGCCAAUCUCAGUGAUCAGAUCCUGCAAGUCCAGUAUUUUGAAUCUCUGCUGCCACACACUUUUGAGUCAGAGGGACAUGUGUUGAUAGCCCCAAGGGAAUACUGCAAAGAGCUGGAGCUUUCUAGCAACAACACAGAGUUCCUGCACAACUUCAUCGCUCUGAUGGAGAAAGUCACUCCAGACUCCAAACAAUGUGACAACUUCCUGCUGCAUAACCUGAUCCUGGACACUGGCAUUAUCAGACAGCUGGUAGAGAAAGUGUGGAAAACAAAGGACCUCAACACGUAUGGAUUUUUGGCCGUCUUUGCAGCUACAGAUGGUGGCAUCACUCGUAUUUUUCCCAAUAAAGCUGCUGAGACGUGGGAGGAGGAUCCAGAGCCGUUUAAUGCCAGUUAUUACCGCCGCAGUAUGGACAACAAGGGCUACAUCUUUAGAGCACCGUAUCGUAGCCCAAAUGCAAUCUUCCAGGAUCCAGAGAAUGACACGAUUGACAUCCUGGUCAGUACAGCAGUGGAAAUUACAGUGGGCUCCAGAACCAUCAAGCCGGCUGUUGUGGGUGUAAAGUUGGACCUUGAAGCUUGGACUUCAAAGUUUAAGAUCCUUGCCAGCAACCACACUGAUAACACUCGACAGGGUUCUCAGUUGUGUGGACCGACCAGUAGCUGUGAGAUGGACUGUGAGGCUCAUGAAGAUUUGCUGUGUUACCUGAUCGAUGACGGUGGCUUCCUCAUCAUGUCCAAUCAGCAGCAAUAUGAGAGCAAGAUCGGCAUGUUCUUCAGUGAGGUGGACCCUGCUCUGAUGUAUGUGCUCUACAACAACUCCUUCUACAACUACAAGGAGUCUUUUGACUACCAGUCUGUGUGUGAACCUGUGCCUAACAGUAACACAGGAGCAGCACCUAGAGGAGUGUUCGUGCCCACCAUUGCGGACCUGGUGAACGUUGCCUGGUGGACCUCAGCAGCUGCAUGGUCUCUGUUUCAGCAGGUCCUUUAUGGUUUUGCCUACCAUAACUGGUUCAUUACAGAUGAAGUUGAUGCAGGAGAGAGCAUGGACUCCAGAGAGACUAGCUGUGUCACAAUACAGAAGCAGUUCUACUUCGGGAACAUCAGCAGUGCCUACAGCAUAGUGCAAGACUGUGAGAACUGCUCCAGGUUGAUCCAUGCCAAGAGAUUAACCAACACCAACUUGCUAUUUGUGGUGGCUGAGAAGCUGCUCUGCAACACAUGUGACAUAGAGAAACUGUCUCAGGGUGAGAAAGAAUUAAAACAAGAAGAACCGUGUCUGGACAUGCCACCACCUCGGUAUAGAAAAGGGCCCUCUACUUGUUUCGAUUACAACGCUGCAGAGAACACUACAGAUUGUGGGCGAGGACACUCCUUCCGCCCAUCCAUCCACACUUUACUCCUCCUCCAGUUCCUUGUCCUCUCUCUAAUGGCCUGCCCCCAUGUUUUGCCUUUCUCUCUUUAACUCCCUCCACUGCCCAUCUCCCUCUCCUCACCCUAAUUCCAUAUUUCUCCUUUUCCUUCCCUCGCUCUAGUCAUAGGUAUUAAAGGGACUUCCUGUUGCCCCCAUAUGGAAGCCCGGCAUACUGCAUCAUCCACUUUGCUUCACAGGUUGCUGCUUAGUGACCAGCGCAGAACUUGUCAGCAGCUUUUCCGGGAGGAGCCCGAAGUUUCCUUAUAAGGGAAGCAGCUGAAAAAGUCAAAAUGUUGAAACGCAAUCAUUUAAGCAUUAUAAAGGCCACAGCAGGAGAAAAACAUCCAUCUAGAACCAACUAAUGAAACAGAGGUAGUGUUGAAGAAAAUGGAAUACCCUCCCCCUAAACCCCCCAAAAAAACCACCACCACCCCCGCCCUCGUCCCCGCGGUACAACCUGCCUUUACACAUGUUUGUGUAGGAAAUGCAUUUGAUCAGAUGCUCUUCUUUACAGUUUAAGCCAUCCUCCUCACUCUCCUCUUCAUCCUUUGACUCGAAUUGCCUAAUUUGACAUGGGGCUACAGAACUUUCUGCCAUUUCUAGCAAUCGGUAACAAGAUCACAGAACUUGGUUCAGUUAACAAAAACAAGUAAGACAGUAAGAACCUGUGAGUAUUUAAAGCAUACCUCCAUAUGUUAAGAUAUAACCAGAGCGGAAAGAUGAUAGAUCAUUUAUCAUUUGUUUAUAUAUGCACUAGAUCUAAUUCUUGCCAAAAUGAGAUAGACUUGUGGUGUGGUCUUAUUUUUCUAGCCAAAUUAGGAGGAGGAGAGAAAAAAAUGGGAGAAAAGGACUUGCAGAAAGAAUGCAAGACCUCAUGUAGAGAUCAGGCCUGGAUUUCAGUUCUUCUCAUUUUUUGCUGUUCUUUCAUUAGUCAUAAGGGCUUCAGUAAGCAUAUCAUUCUGUUUGUCUGGUCAACAUACACAGAGGAACUAAGAAAUGGUUUUGAUCAAAUGUGGAACAUGACUUUAAGUGCCGUCGUAAUUAUCCAGUGUUUAGAAACGAAUUGGAAUUGCAGCUUGAACUCUGCCAUCAUCAGUGUGCAUUCUGUGUAGUUGUGUGUUUACAGGGUAGCCAUUUCACACCAAUGUUUUUACAACAGUCGAUAUUUCAGUAGACUGGUUAACCUGGCUAACAAUCUGUUAGUGAAUAUUAAAACCAUGAAAAUAUUGUUUGCUUUUCAAGGUUAAUCUUAUCAUUUAGAAUACACAUAAUUAUGGAUUGAGCUUGUAGCUGAGACUCAGACAUCAGUUUUUCAAUUUUAUUCAUUGUGUAUUGAAAAUGUAGUAAACCCUGGUGAGGGCCCAUCUCCUCUAAUAUUUUUUUUUUCUUCUCUGUUGUGCCUUGAUGCACUUCUGUAUCUUUACAGAGUAGAUGCUCCACUUUAUAAAGGUAGGGAAUCUCGUCAUGCUGGCCGUUAGAGUGAUUAUUGAUUGUACAGCUACAGCAUGUACAACAUGUAGUUCAACUCACACAGAGACCUCACUGACUUAUAAGCAUAUGCAUUUUUAUUAGUAGUAUAUUAAUUGCCAUAGCUUUCAGAUUAAACCAGAAGUCGCCUGCUGUCAUGCUGAGGAUCUUCUGUCAGUGCAGGCGUUUCACUUUCACCCUUGCCUAAGCCCUUCGAGAUCUUUAAAGGCAUCUUAUAUAUAAAAUGACAAUUUGUAUGUGUUAGUACACGAAAUGUAAAAUAUCUCUUGAUCUAAAUCAUGGUCUGGUUUCCAUUUCUUUAGAUUUUUCCAGAGGGGCAGCCAAUAUUAUUAUCGUGAACACUAACAAAACUGAUCACUGUUUAAUACACUGUGGAGUCCACUCUAUAAGUGACUGUUUAGGAUUAAAUAGUUGAGUAAUUUCUUUUCCCCAGUCUCUUUUCAGCUAUGAAUAUUCAGUAGACUGUAUGUAGGGUGGCAGAAUUGGUGACUCUUUAUUGCCAGCAUCCUCUGGUCAGAGAUCAUAAAGCUCUUUGCGUAAGUGUAUGCGUGUGUCUGGACCCGUGUAUGUGUCGUCUGCUUACAAUGCAGCAAACUAUGAUGUGUUUGAACAGGUGUCGGAAUGAAAAACCAGUGAUUUGAUUAUUAAAGCGUCCAAGGUGUAUUGCCAGCAAAAAAAGAAGAGUAAUCUGUCCCAUUUUCCGCAUGUGUCCGUCUCCAAGUCAGUUCACAAAGCUUUUUGCUGUUAUCUUUUAAACUGGCCAUGUUUACCUUUGUUUUUGGCUGUUCUGCUUUCUUUCCACCCAUCCUUUUAUCCAUCUUUCUGCCUUGAGUCACAAUAGCUGAAGAAAGUGCGUGCUUGAGUAAAAGCAUACACAUAAACUACCCCACCUGUGACUACAUUCACAGUGUGUAAUGAGCGAUGUCAUUGACUGUUAUAUGAACAGCAUAAACUCAUAAAAUUACACCAUUUUUGUUACUGGAUUGCAGGUGGUUCUUUUAAAUAUCAGCCUUCAAUCACCAUCAGUGCUAAUCAAUCAUAGCUCCACACAGAGCGUUUGGUGUAAAGGUCAAUUAUUUAUCCACUAAUGAUCAUUAAGGAGUGUGCAUAAAUACAUGCCCUAAAAGCUAUGUGCUAUUUUACUAUUCAUAUACUAUUAUGACCUGGUCCCUCACUGACAUCAAAACACAAAUCAUUAAUAGACACACAGCACUCACUCUUCUCACUAAACAAUACCAAACAUACCCAUUUACAUACAUGUACACAUGCACAGGGAAAUGUCUGGUAAUAUAUGAUAAUCUGAUAAGUCUAGAAGAGUUAAUGCCUUAUGCUUUGUCCUGUUGUGAUUCACAUCCAACCUUCGCCUCUUGAUUCGUUUUCCAAAAAAAAACAAAAAAAACGAAGAACUUUCACUUGUCCUAAUACUGAAAAAAGAAAUGUCAAAGCUGCCUAAGAGACGCUAAGAUAUUCUGGCUAGACACUGAAAUUAAACUGUGAGUGUGCAUCUGUGUCACUAUUCCACAUACACUGGAACAGAGGUUUGUGUUAUUCAGUGGUUUAAAAAAUAUUUUUGCCAAAAAAGGUGUUUAAAAAAAAAAAGAAGAUAAAAGGAGGAGGUAGCCUGGACGGGGAGAUGUCUGUCCCAUGAUCCACCCUGAAGGGGAGGGUCUUUUUUAUCAGGGCUGCUCCUUCAGCCUUUCCUCUCCUUUAACAACAGCGGAAUAAGUGUGCUUCAGUGGGAGAGCCGCGUGUGUAUGUGACUCUGUAGUCCUUAGUCUGGUGCUCUGUGACAAAUGUGUGAAAAAAAAAGAAAUAAAAAAAAAAAGAAAAGUAAUCCGUCAAAGGUGAUACUGAAUUUAAUAUUAAGUGAGGUUUUAAAAAAAAUCAUUAAAAUAUAGGAACACAGUACUGCUGAUAAUCAUGAAUUUGAGGUCUGCCAUCACAGUGGGAGUUUCUUUAGUUUGUUUGUUGGAUUGUGUGUGCGUAUGGAGCUAACACCACUGGCUCUUUGGACACUGGUCUAUGUUGCUCCAUUCUUUUGUACAGAAGAAAAAAAAAAAGAUAAGGGAAACAUUUGUAAAAUAUUGUGUCUGUGACUCCUUGUAAAAUAUUUUCAAAUUGUUUAUUACAGAGAAUCAGUUAUUAAAUAAUGUUCAUAUUUUUCACUUCA